GCUCCCCCCGUUCCGUCCCGCCCGAAGGCAUUGCUUCACCCCGCAGCGGACCCGCUCCUCCCCGCGGGUCAGCUGACGGCCGCCGCUCUUCCAUCAUGGCCGCCCGGCUGCCGGCCGGCCCGGGGCGGCGGGGAGGCGAGCUGGAGGCCCUGUUCCUGCUUCUCCUGUGGUUCGCAGCCGCGGACGCAGCGGCGAGCCCGGAGCCGCCGCCUAAGUGCGAGGAGCUGCGGCUGGGGCAAUAUAUGUGUGAUGAGCCUAAAAUAGACAACAGCACACAGGAACCAAUGAAUUGCACAAAUCACACGGCGUAUGUUCAGUGCCUGCCAGCACCAAAUAUUACUUGCAGAGAUUACCUUGGCAUAGAAAAAGUCUUUACUGGACAGGAAGUUGGAUUUUACAAGCCUAUUGCAUGCCGUAAUGUUAAUGGAUACUCUUACAAAGUGGCAGUGGCUCUGUCCUUAUUUCUUGGAUGGUUGGGAGCAGAUAGAUUUUAUCUAGGCUAUCCUGCCUUAGGUUUGUUAAAGUUCUGCACUGUAGGAUUUUGUGGAAUUGGUAGCUUAAUUGAUUUCAUACUUAUUUCAAUGCAGAUUGUUGGACCUUCUGAUGGCUCUAGUUACAUUAUAGAUUAUUAUGGAGCAAGGCUCACACGGCUCACUAUUACCAACACAACGUUCAGGAAAAUGCAGACCUACCCUUAACCCUGGCAAAUUUUCUUCAAAGUUCCUUGGAUUUACUGUGGGGAAAAACAUAGCAGGAACAUGUAAGAGGAGAUCACUGACUGCAAAGAACAGAGCGUUCACCUUGAGCCCGAAGAGACUGCCCGACAUAUGGAUUGUGUUGGCAGAGGCAGGAGCCCAGGGAAUGCAGAGGUGGGGGGUAAUUUUUAGGGCUUUCGUUCCAUGGUCCCAUUGAUUAUAACCCUAUUAAGAGGAUGAUGCAUGCGACUUUUAAGUUAUUUUGUUAACUAAGUGUAAGCAAUGGAUGUGUCAUGCUAACAAACAUAAUUGCUGGUGUGUCUAAUACAGUAUGAAAGUACAGUAUAGUGAAUUUAAAAGGUUGUGGUAAUCUAAGAAUGUUAAAAGGGAAAUGUGUGCCUGGGGGGCGUGGGGGCUGGGGAGAAAAACGACUUACUUGACAUUCACUGUCUUCCUCCCAGCUCCUUCACUAAAGUAGGAACAGAAUCGGAACAAAAAAAUGUUUGUUUUACAGCUGUACCAAGUUACGGCGUGGACUCGUGCUCCCCCCUCCUCUCCCACUUGCAUCAAGUACAUCCUGUACUUUUGGCAACAUGUUGACUGGAUAUUUAAAAGCUGUGAACUGUUCUGAAAGUUUCACAUACUGGGUUAUGGGCCAUGUGUGUUUGAUCAAAAUUCAAUUACUGCACUGUACCAUGCUUGGAAACCUAUCAUCCCAAGUUAUGAAGUAUGACGAAAUAGGCUAAUCUAAUUGGUUCAGUAUGGGAGCAGUAUCAACCAAGCUUGUUAUGAUAAAUAGCUUCCUGUGUUAAAGGUUCUCUAGAGCUUAAGUAUCUUGGCUCACCUCCCUCUACAAAAUAAGAAUAGUGUUCCCUGGGAACAGUUACAUCACUGUCCCUCCUCUACAUUCACAAUUAAAGGUUUGUGGAUAUAUUUUUUUUUCAUCUUGCUGUUCCUUGAAUAGAUAAACUGCAGCCAUCUAUCCCAUUCCCCACUUCCAUCUCAUUCUCCUUCCCUCAGGUUAGGUCACUCUGUGCUUGCUGUGAGUCUACAUGUUCUGUUGCAGGGGUGGCAAGCUUGGCCAGGAUGCCACAUCCCUCCUUGGGGCUGGGGAUCUUAUGCUGGGGUGUCAAUAUAUGUGACGUGCACAUUCAUAUGAAGGCUUGGAAUUUUGGUGUCAAGUUAAAGGUGGAGGCACUUCAGUCUUUCUAAGCAUCUAAUAAAAGAACUUUGUUUAGCAAAGUUCAUGCCUGUGGAUGUACUGUUAUUUUCUUAAAACUGGAAUUUCAGUUCAUCAGUAACUAACACAAAUCCGGUCUGCAAGUGCUGGAUUAUGGCUAGGAAAAGACUAUGUUCUAAGCCUGGAUUUGUAGGCACUAAAUUUGUCACUAAGACAAUGAACUGUCUCCCACGAGAUGAUAGCAGCUUCAUGAUUUUAUCUGGCCCAUCCUUGGCCAGCAGUACUUAGCUGGGAUUUCGAUGUCACAGGAACAGACAGUGCCGAGGGAAAAAACAUGGAAAAGUGGCUCCUAAUGCUCUGGCUGUCCAAUUUUUUCCUUCCUGAGCCACACCCCUGCAUGUGUCUUCUAAUUCAGAAAUCCCCCUCAGGCAAAAUAAUUGUGCAAUGACCAUUUUACAAAGGCACAAUAUGGGCCCGCUCUUGCAAGUGCCUCUAACUUCGUGGAAAUUUCUCCCAAGAAUAAAGUUAUUCACAUACUUAAGAGCUGAUAGAAUGAAUCCUUAUGUAAGUGAGUCUUCGUAUUAGCCCCAAGACUGCCUAAUACCUGGAUUAAGCCUGUACGGUGAUUAAUGCCUGUUUACUAUAUCUGUUAUCCCGCUGCAUUUUGCUCUUCAGCCUUGAUUAAGCCCUUUGCUUUACCAUUUAAAACGUCCUGCUUAACCUUCUGCUUACAAACGCACAUAGUGCUGAGCUCUGCAUUUUUAACUAGCACAAGUUCUACCAUAAAUAAUAGCAUUUAAUUUUAAAGUGCAGCAGCCACAGUCACCACUUGAUCAAAUGACAAAGAACAGCAACAGCAAACCAGAGAGCGCGGAAUUUUUCACAACAAAUAUCUGCAUUCACGUAAGAGAAAAAAAAUGCACCUUCCUGCUUCUGAUUAGCACUUUCUGUGCAGUCCUUUAUCGCAUAUGUUUAUUAAAAAAAUAUUAUCAAGAAUCUAAA